AAAACACACUGGAAACCCUAAAAGGAGAAAACUUGCUGAAAGUUUCGUGUUUUCGUCUGCGGUCAAGGAGUAGGAACUAGGGAUAUAUAAAGUUUGGGGGAUUGAACAUUGUUGUUGUUUGACGACAUGGGUUUGUCUUUUCUUCUUGCAGUCGCCGUGAAACAGAGAGGAAUGAAGAGAAGCAGAAGAAGAAGAAGAAGAAGAAGAAGAAGAGAGAUGCAGGGUUGGGUCGGCCCGGAGAUUCCUCUGGAUCUCUUGAUCGAGAUUCUAGCGAGAUUGCCUGCGAAAUCGGUAAUGAGAUUCAAGUGCAUCUCAAAGUUUUGGUCAUCUCUCUUGUGCUCCAGUUUUUUUUGCAAUCGUUUCAUUAUGAUGCUCCCAUCAUCCCCACGUCUUUACAUGUCUUUACUGGAUCAAGCCAACUACUCCAAGUCUGUGCUCUUAUCAUCCGCUCCAAACCCUGCUGCUUCUCAUUCUUCCAUUGUAUUCGACCAAGAUCUGACCAUCCGUGAGAUGGGAGGUUACUACUUGCGAGCUGUCCGUGGCUUCAUUGGUUUUACAGUGUUUAAAAAGGAGGCACGGAUCUAUAACCCUAGCACAAGACAACUUAUCACCUUACCUGCCGUGGAAUCCAAUAUCUUAGCUCAAGUAGAUAAAUAUAACAUCUCCUACUUUAUCUGCUACGACCCUCUUAAGGAUCAGUACAAAGUACUCUGCACUAUCACGGUACUAUCAGAAGAAGGUAUGCUAACGAUAAGGUCAGAGCGUUGGGUUUUAGUACUAGAAAGUGGUGGUUCCUGGAAAAGGGUUGCAAAGGAUUUUCAUCCUCAUUUUCCUGAUCCACUAGAACUGACUAUGAACGGUGUUUUAUAUUAUUUGGCUUGGACUGAUUAUACUACUUGUGUGCUUGUGAGUUUCGACAUCAGCUCCGAGGAGUUCAGUAUGUUGCAAGUACCUCGGAAGCCUGGAGACGUGCUACCUAUGUUGGGCAAGUGGGUGGUUACAAUAGACUAUGGUGGAAAAGUAGCAGUUUUUGACUACACCUAUCUAAAAGAAACUGGUACCGUGGAUCUGUGGGUUGUGGAAGAUUGGAGGAAGCAAGAGUGGUCGAUGAAGACUCUGGCUUUGAAGCCUUCUCAGAUGCAUCUAGUCGCUGACAAUAGAUUGAAGCCAAAGGGUGCAAUGUUAAAAGGCAAGAUUAUUUUGGUACCGCUCAAGUUGGUUUCUCCCUUUUACUUCCUUUGCUAUGAUCUCCAAACCAAUGAUCUGAAAAAAGUUGACAUCAAAGGGAUACCAAAUCGUUGGUUUCGCAAACAGGCCAAAUCUUUUGACCUGGAGUUUAUGGAUCCGAGUGAGAACAUCAAGUAUCUUGAAACUUGAAACUUGAAACGUGGGACUAUACGAUGAUUAUUUUGUUAGGAGGUAAGACGAUGGAACCAUGCGUGUUGUGUAAUAAGAGCCUGGAACCUAGCUUAUUACGCAUUGUGAAGGAUAUAUACCCUUUAGUUUUCUGUAAUAAUUAAGAGCUUUGUUUUCAUGUUUGUACAAACUGGUUUCCUUUGUUUAAGACGCAUGAUGGCUUCUGUCUGUUUACAAAAGU